AUGAGUCAGGAUUUUCCUAAUAAAAAAUUUCCAAAUUUAAUAAAAUCUAUUAAAGGUUUUAGUAAUAAGAAAGAUAAAAUUUAUUGUCAAAAUCCUGAAUGUAGCAAAAUUAUUUCAGGAGGGGGAACGACAGUUCUUAAUUUUUGUAGCAAUAAUUGUCAAUUAUCAGUUGAUAAUGAUUUUUUUGAUCGACGCCAACAAAUAGAUAGUUAUUCUGGUACUAAUAAUGAUAGAUUUAAUUCUAAUGGUUUGAAUGGUUUGAAUAAUUCAAAUAGAAGAUUAUUUUCUUCAACAUCGUCAUCAUCAAGACAAUCAACAAUAUUUAAUAAUCAUAUAAAUGAAGAUGAUGAAAAUGAUUCAUCAAAAGUUACAUGCCCAAAUUGUACAUAUUAUAUUCGAGACGGAAGAACAGCAUGUGAAAUCUGUGGUUUAACAAAAAGUUCAAAAAGUAAAACAAAAAGUACAUCAAAUUUAAAUAAUUCAAAAAUUCAAAUAUUUGGAGAUCAAAUUCAAUGUCCAAUAUGUUUUUACUUAAAUCACAAUUUAAUGAAUAAAUGUGAAAUUUGUUAUUCUGAAUUGAAUCCAGUUGAUGAUAAUGAUUUUUCAUGGAUUGCAGAUAUUGAAGAAAGUUUCAAAGUUGAAUGUCCAACAUGUUCAUAUUCAAAUAAUCCUAAUGCCGCACAAUGUGAAAUGUGUUAUUCACCCAUAGAUGAAAAAGAGUUUAAAGAUUUAACGGAAUCCGUUCAAUGUCCUACUUGUACAUUUAUUAAUAAUUCAUCAUUAAUAACUUGUGAAAUAUGUAAUGUAGAAUUACCUGGUGGAGCUGAAUUAAAAAGAAUAUAUAUUGAACUUUAUACUAAUACUACUCGAAUGAUGAUUUUAAAUAAAGAUGAUCCUGAUUAUAUUGCAAUUUCGCAAAGAUUUUUAGUUGGACUUCCUCGAGCAAGAAUUAAUGCCAUUCUACGUUUACAAAUGCCAAAAAAACUUGUUGAUGCACAUGAACAAUAUAAGCAACAAACUGGAUUUCCUACUCAUCAAAUGUUUCAUGGAACUAAUGUGAGAUGUAACCCGGAACGUUAUUAUGGUCAACCUGGAUGGGAAUAUUGUAAAGACAAUUGUGGACUUUGUGGAAUAAGUCAAUAUGGUAAUCUUUGUAGAGUUAGUAAACAUGGAGGAAGAAUGUGGUUUGCGAGGCAUUCUUCAGUAUCUUUAGGAUAUUGUGGUAACGUAGCCAUCAAAGCUAUGUUCUCGGUUGAUAUUGUUUCUCAAACUGCACAAAAUAUUAUAAUUGUUGAUAAAGAAGCUGUAAUUAUUUUAUUGUUGUUACAUCUUGUUUCGAUGGAUAAUAGUGUUUGCAUCACGAAUUACUUUUAA